CAUGUGAUUUCCAGUACGUACAGUAGGCCUACCAGUCAAGAUUGCUACUGCUCAGCUGUCACACUACUGAGGUAUAAUAUUCUUAUCUGUCAAUCUCCUCCGUGGUUUAAUGUUAUUGGACUUUGAGAGGGAAAACAGAAAUUAUUCGUCUGUAAUAUAUUAAAUGGGAAUGAUUGUGGCAUUUCCUGUUUAAUUUUUGGUUGACGUAGGACCCACCCCAAAUUUACCUGAGUGUACGCGGUAUACCAUUUGGAUAAGGCUUACUGUAUUCAUCGUCGAGGUUUGGUUGUCUCUAUCAACAUCAUUUUUCAAUUAAUACAAAAUGGGAAUUCAUGAGAAAAAGGGCGAUCCAUUAUCAGUAGAGAAGGAUAAACCUCCGGUGGACAGCAUUGCUCUUCUCAAGGAGACCAUGAACCAGGAGGAGGUACCACACAUCUUCGUCAUUCUUGGAGCGUCCGGUGACUUGGCUAAGAAGAAAAUUUACCCAACAUUGUGGUGGCUAUUUCGUGAUAAUCUUCUGCCAAAGAACACAACAUUUGUCGGUUAUGCUCGCUCAGUUCUUUCAAUCAGUGAUAUUAAAAAGCGAUGUGAGCCAUACAUGAAAGUAAAAGAUGGCGAAAAGGCAAAGUUGGAUGAAUUUUUCAAACAGAAUCGUUACGUGAAAGGAUCAUACCAAGAAGAGGAUGGCUUUGAGCACUUAAAUGAUGUACUUACAACAAUCGAGGCUAAGAAAGAUGUCCCCGCCAAUCGUCUAUUCUACCUUGCCCUUCCACCAAGUGUGUUUAAGGAUGUUACAAAGCACAUCAAAGCAAAAUGCAUGAGUCCUAAGGGGUGGACUCGUGUUAUCAUAGAAAAGCCAUUUGGAAAGGAUUCAGCGUCUUCUGCUGACUUGUCCAACCACCUUAGUGGACUAUUUGAGGAGGAUCAGAUGUAUCGUAUUGACCAUUACCUUGGAAAAGAGAUGGUACAGAACCUCAUGAUUUUAAGGUUUGGAAACCGAAUCUUUGCACCUGUCUGGAAUCGUGACAAUAUUGCUAGCGUUGUCAUCACUUUUAAGGAGCCCUUUGGAACGAUUGGAAGGGGAGGUUACUUUGAUGAAUUUGGCAUCAUAAGAGAUGUUAUGCAGAAUCACCUUCUACAGAUUUUGUCGUUAUUUGCGAUGGAAAAACCUGGAUCAACUGAUGCCAAGGACAUUCGAGAUGAAAAGGUGAAGGUAUUGAAGCGUAUUGACCCACUGACUUUAGAUGAUGUGGUUCUCGGCCAGUAUGUUGGAGAUCCAGAUGGAGAGGGUGAUGCUAAGGAAGGUUACCUUGACGACCCCACUGUUCCCAAAGGGUCUGUCACUCCCACCUUUGCUACAGCAGUUUUUAAAAUAAACAAUGAGAGAUGGGAUGGUGUGCCCUUCAUUCUUAGGUGUGGCAAAGCCCUGAAUGAGCGUAAAGCUGAAGUACGUGUACAGUUCAAAGAUGUACCAGGAGAUAUCUUCAGCGGUAACUGCAAACGAAAUGAGCUUGUGAUCCGGGUGCAGCCAGGAGAAGCUGUGUACUGUAAGAUGAUGACCAAGAAACCAGGAAUGUCCUUUGAUGUAGAGGAAACGGAAUUGGAUCUGACUUACGGAUCACGGUACAAGGAUGUGUCAAUGCCUGAUGCUUAUGAGAGAUUAAUUCUAGAUGUGUUCUGUGGCCAUCAAAUUCACUUUGUGAGAAGUGAUGAGUUGGCCGAAGCAUGGAGAAUAUUCACCCCACUCUUGCUCAAAAUUGAAAAUGACAAACCAAAGCCUACUCAAUAUAAAUAUGGCGGACGAGGACCAGUUGAAGCUGAUGAACUUCUCAAGAAAAAUAACUUUGUUUUCACUGGAACUUACAAGUGGGCAAAGCCAGCCCUGUAGGGUGUUUGCAGUUAAGUCUAGUUUAGAGUAUGAAGCUCUACGUCUACUGGACAAAACCUGCAUCUCAUUACCAAUAAUCUUUUUUAUAAAUUAGAUGUAAAAUAGAUCAUUAUAAAUUUUGGUUGUAGAGAUAGGAUUAUUUUUAGCAAAAGAAUAUUUAUAAAUAUAAAAUGUUUAUGAAGAUUGUUUUCCUUGGAAAUCAAUAUAGCUUCACCAAAUAAGCAGCUCAUUUGUCAAGCCACACUUAUCAUACAUUGAAGGCUUAUGUGUGUUUUUAAAUAUAUAUAGCAUUCCUAUAUUGUGUGCAUAGACCCUAAAAUUGGCAGGUAGUCAGGAAAGGCUCAUUGUGUGGCUACAGACAGACAUGGAAAAAGUGUAAUUGACACUUCUGGAAAGGUUAAUUUCAGAAGAGGAGAGAUGUCAAGCCCAGUUUUAGAGUCUAUAAAAUGUUUUAAGAUGUAUCAUAGAGGUGUUGGGUGGCAUUAUUAAUAUUAUUAUUUGAUAUGAUUAGGUAUUUGCUUUUGGAGAAUAGGAUUGUGUGGUAGUGAUAAUAAUGUUAGUGGUUGUUGAUAUAACGAUUCAAAAUGUAAGGUUUAAUAUGGUUUCCAAGGUUCAACACUAACAUUAUAAAUGCUAUUACAUGAUUUUUAAUAUAAACCCUAAAAUCAAAACAAGUUGAGUAUUAUGUACAUUUUUUUUAAAUUACAAUUUUUGUUGCACUCUUUAUGUGUUAAAAUACAAGUUUUUUUUUGCUUUAUAUACAAUUAAGGCCUGAACACAAAAAUACAAGUUGUUUCAUUUUGUAGCAACAACAGUAUUAAGCUUUCAACCAAAUACCAAGUCAAAGAAUUCAUUUAUAUGUAUUUUGAUAUUGAGUUACAUUGCUCCAUUAAUUCAUUUUGUCUUCUAGCAGAUUUGAUUGACCAUUGGGCUGGUGCCAUAUAUACCACACCUCAAAAAUAUGUAGUUUAUGGAAUUACAUUCAUUUUAUAUAGCCAAAUUGUUUAUGGCAAGGCGUGAUACACCUAAUUAUGAGUGAUAACAGACACGUAAGGAAAAUAAUAUUCUUUUGAAAUAUACAUAUUUUGUUAGCAUAAAUAAUACUCAAUUUCUAUUGCAAAUUUUGUACGUAAAGAUAACGAUAUUCGAUUGAAAACAAAGAACAUACCUGAUAAUACAGCAA